AUGUCUUUCCCUGUUGUCGCCUCCUACAACACCAGCCCCAAUAUGUUCGGGCCGAGCUACGAAGAACUCGACAGCGAAUUCUUUGACCAGUUUCUCACAUUCAGCCCCAACCACAAUGGUGAAUACCCCCUAGCUCCAGAAGCGACAAUUGAUUACGUCGACUCUGGGGAUGCUUCUGGUAGCUCCCACGACGACGAUAUGAAAAACCUCAGCGAGCACGGCUCGUGGCCAGGCGAGGGGUGGACAGCCGACUUUGGCGAAGCUUCGUUAGAUGAAGCUUUCUCAAUCAAAGAUCAUGACUUUUACUCAGAGCUCUCUGGGAGAGCUGCGAUCUCAGAUAGCGAGCUACUCUCUCUUGAGGGUAUCACUCUAGACUCGCCCAUAAAGACCACAUUCUCACAAAUAUCAUUACCAUCAACACCAUAUCCUUCCGUCGCUGCCGAAGCUCGAAGAAAGUCUCGAGUCGCAGAAUCAAUCUCAAACAGCCUCAAAAAAGCAACCACAAAUUUGGAGCGAACACUUAGAAGCCCAAUUCGCAAACAAAGCGCAACGAAGCUCACCCGACACUCAAAUCACAGCCAAAAAGAGCUGGAACAAUUAGACGACAAAUUCCACCUUGAUGCUCUGAAAUUCAAAUUCGACUUUGAAGAAAACCCAAGCUCUCUCUGUCUCCUCGAUAAUUUCCCAAUCAUGGAAGCCAUCAAACUCGAGAAUAUAGAUACCCAAGAUUCCUCCAUCCUCGCUUCGCCAUUAGAUACCCCUGAGCUCUGCGGAAAUCACUCCCGAAAAGUCUCACAAAAUUCCAUGCUCCCAACUCCUGAGCUACAAAGCACAGCCGCCUUCUGGCCAGAAACAGCCAGUCCCUCGUUCUCUCCAGCAACCUACGAUAGCGCUACUUUCCUCCCCACCGACCCCAAUCCUCCUAUGCGAUGGAACCAUGCCUCCAAAGCUCCUCUUGCCCACCCUUUACCAACAGGCUACCACACCAACCCCCAACUCGCGACCAAGAGUCUCGCCCUACAGCUUCAGAACGGACUGGCGCAUGACAGCAACGCCAACGACUUCUCCUCUCUCCAAGCGAGGAGACACAAUCCCAUGAUCAACAACUCAGGACUCAUGAUCCAAAUGCCACCUCAAUACUCCACACAACCCCAAAUCCACCACCACCAGCAACAACAACAACAAAUGCACCAACCCCAAUUCACAUCCGAAAACGCACGCAUCUCACGAGGAUACUACAUCCCACCCUCCGCCCAACCACGACCCACCCACCAAAACCACCACCGACGACACACCUCGCACGCCUCCCCUCGGCAAUCCUCGCACGCCGAGACACCCUCCGCGCGCAAAUGGCGGUCCCAGAAUGCCGAAUCGACGGGCGGCAUGGUGGAUUUCGUGAACUAUACUCCGGAUGAUAGUAAGAAGAUCCUGACGGGGGUUGCGCCGUCGGGAAGUAGUAAGACGAAAGCACGCCGGGAGAAGGAGGCGAUGGAGAAGAGGAGAAGGUUGACGCAGGCGGCUGCGAGGGCUAUUAGGGCGGUGGGGGGGAAUAUUGAUAGGCUUGUUGAGGAGGGGUUGUUGGUUUAG